AUGGGCUCAAUAUUGCAAAGAGUCGAGAUUGUGAGACUUACAUUGAUGAUUCCGAUAGUCGGUUUCCCUUUGCCAAUCCCUCCUCGCGGCGUCUCCGGACGGCCUCCUCUACCUCCACAGCGCCACCAUCACCACCACCACCACCACGGUUACCAGACCGUCACCAAUUAUGUUGUUGUUGAGGGAAGACCUGUAAGGGAACAUAGGUUUUUAUUUGGUGUUCGAUUAGCUGUUGAUUCGAUGUUUAUAAUGGGAUUCUUUCUUGGUGGCAUCCCCUGGUAUAUUGGAACUUUCAUUUUGCUUUGUGUGAUGGUGGACUACAGAGAAAAACCUGGAUAUGUCGCAUGUACAACAUUUGCAAUCCAGAUAGGGCACUUUUCUCGGUCCAAGAAGAAUUACAUCCAACAGAUUUUUGUCGUCCCUCCUCAUUGA